AUGCUGCCCGGGACCCGCGACACGCCCUUGGGCGCCAGUCACAACAAUGAGCCAUUGUUUGGGCUGUUGGCCCCCGGGCUGGUGCUUUCCCCUGCAACACGCCGAAUCCGGAGUCUGUGUGCCGCGGGUGCGGCCGGCGCUGGGCCGCGUCGGCCGCCCGCUGUCGCCCGGCUCGCGCCGCCGGGUGGCAUGGCAGCCGCCGCUGGCGUUGGCCCAGCGUGCACCUGGACUUACACGGGUGCUGUGGCCGGGUCGGGUCUGGGUGGCGAAAUCCCGACGGCGGGAACGGGUUUUCACCCGCAUUUGCGCUGCCUGUCGGGCGUCUCGCCACAGGGUCAGGCGCCGACACACCGGCGGCCGGGCGGCGGGCCUGUCUGCGGCGUUUCCCUGCGCUAG